AUGCCUUCUGAAAAGGUCCCCUUCUACGACCCGACGCCGCCGACCUACGAUGAGGCCCUCGCCGGUGGCAGCCGCUGGGUGCCGCCCGCGCGCGACGCCGCCGACCAACGCGGCGCUACACAGACGGAGCAGCAGUCGCUGCUGAGGCAGCCCGGCAAUGGCGAGUCCUCCCGCCGCACCGGCUAUCACCCGCCCACGGUCGAGACCGACGACGAAUCCGACGACGAUGGCCUGCUCAGCGAUGGCGACUCCGAGGAGGAGCAGGUCCGCCGCGAGAUUGAGGAGAUGGACAUGGAGGAGCCCGAUCGCUCCCUGAGCUCGACGUGGCGCAAGCGACUGCGGAUUCCCUCGUGGAAGUGGUCCUGGCGACCGAGAUUACCACGUCUGCGCAUCCAGCUUCCCUCCCGGCCGGCCGAGACUGAGACCCAAACCGAAGAGCCCUCAGCAGGCUCCAGUAAUAGAUUCAUCUUUGAAAACUUUCAAAUACCACAGGUCAACACCAUGUUCCUGGUCCUCACAUUUGCGCGCAUCCUCGCGCUUUUCAUUAUCCUUGGCUUCUUUUGGUUCCUGUUUACCAGCGGCCUCUUUUCCGGCCUCAACUCGCCCCUCACCAGCGGCAUGCGCUUCAACGCCGAGGAUCUGCGCAACUUUUUGCAGCAGCGCGUCGAGCCCAUGCGCAUGCGGGCGUCUGUCCAGCACUACUCCAACUACGCCCACCUCGCCGGCACCGAGGGCGACUACGCCGCCGCCCGCGACAUCCACGCCAUGUUCAGCAAGGCCGGCCUCGACCGCGUGGUCAUGGACGAAUAUUUUGUAUAUAUAAACUACCCCCGCCAAGACGGUCGAAACGUGCAGCUCUUGGACGACAGCGGCAAGGCCACCUGGACGGCCAAGCUCGACGAGGACGAGCGCCACCACGAGACGGCCGGCCGCCAGACGUUUGCGUUUCACGCGCAUUCGAAAUCGGGCGACGUAAAGGGGCCGCUCAUCUACGUCAACUACGGCUCAAAGGCGGAUCACGAGAAACUGAAGGCGAAUGAAGUAAAGACGGAGGGUGCGAUUGCGCUGGUGCGGAAUGGUGGCACCGAAAAGAGUACCGCUCUGAAAGUGAAGCUGGCAGAGAUGCAUGGCUUUGUCGGUGUUCUCGUAUACAACGACCCCAAAGAGGACGGCUUUUCCCUGGGAGACGUCGCUCCUCAGGGCAGAUUCAUGCCUGCCGAUGGUGUGCAUGGCGGUUCCGUCAGCCUAAUGAACUGGAUCAUAGGAGACGUUCUCACUCCUCAGUGGGAGAGCGAAGAACAGUCCCCCCGCGUCAAAGUUAGCGACGCUGUUGGGCUGGUUCAGAUUCCCAGCCUGCCUCUGGCCUGGCGAGAUGCGCAGCCGCUACUGCAGAGCCUCAAAGGCCACGGCCAUGCGCUGCCUCCCGAGUGGACCGGCGCGGUGCCCGACGUGGAGUGGUGGUCGGGUGACUCGAACUCUCCCACUGUGCGCUUGCAAAAUGAGCAGGACGAGGUGGAGAAGCAAAAGAUUUGGAACGUGUACGGGCGAAUCGAAGGCAUGGAGACGGCGUCCAAGUCGAUCAUCAUCGGUAACCACCGCGACUCGAUGGGCUUUGGCGCCACCAACCCGCACACGGGCACCGCCGUCAUGAUUGAGCUGGCGCGCAUCUUUGGCGAUCUCGUCGACCGGGGGUGGAAGCCGCUGCGGUCGAUUGAGUUCAUGUCGUGGGAUGCGGCCGAGUACAACCUGAUUGGAUCGACGGAAUUCGUGGAAAAGAACCUCGACCGGCUGAAAAAGGACGCCUACGCCUACAUUGACCUCAACGAUGCCGUGACGGGCACGUCGUUUUCGGCCGCCGGGUCGCCGCUCCUCGAAAAGGCGCUGAUGCGCGCGCUGAGCCGCGUCGCCGACCCCGCGGCCAACGAGACGCUCAAGACGCUCUGGGACCGCGAGAACACGCAGCUCCUGGACUUGAGCACCGGGGCGGACCCGAGCGACUACAUUCCGUUCCAGGACAUUGCGGGCACCAGCUCCAUCCACGUCGGCUUCGCGGGGGAGUCGUACCCGCGGCGCUCGAGCUACGACACGUUUGACCUGGUGGACCAGGUCAUCGACCCGGGCUUCGUGUACCACGGGCUGAUGGGCCAGGUCGUGGGCCUGCUGCUGCUGGACCUGUCGGACCGCGCCGUGCUGCCGUUUGACAUGAAGCGCUACGGCGACAAGCUGCAGACGUGGCUGGGCAACCUCGAGACGUGGACCAACAACCGGCCGGCGCGCGGCGAGCUCUCGUUUGAGGAGCUCAAGGACGCGGCGGGCAUGAUUCAGCACAACGCGGAGCGUUUUGGUCAGUGGGAGAUGGAGUGGGACUCGGCGGUGCUGGCGAGCAACGGGUGGGAGUCGAACGAGUACGGCGCGGCGCGGACCGUGUACAAUGACAAGAUGGCGCAGUUUGAGACGGCGCUUCUAGAUCCCGAGUUUGGCGGUGGCAUUCCCAACCGCACACAAUUCAAACACGUCGUCUUUGGCCCGCCACUGCUAUCGACCAACGACGAGGCGCUGUUCCCCGCGAUCCGUGACCUGAUCGAGGCUGAGGACUGGACGGGCGCCAAGGCCGUCAUGGCCAAGACGGCGGUUCUGCUGCGGCAGGCAGGCGCGCUGCUGUCCAUGUCGGAGCCUUGA